UCUCGAAAUGUAUUGUUUAAUGUUAACAGCAGCAUAUAAUGUUUUGCAUUUAUCCAGUUCUCUGAGUACUACAUCAAAGAAUGCAUGUCCUGAAAGAUUGCCACCUGUUUAUAGCCAUCAAAACUUUUCCAUAGAUAGAUAUAAUGUAAAGUGUUGUCCAAACUUUUACGAAAAGGACGACGUCUGUGAACCAUGUCCAGCUGGGACCUAUGGGAGGUCAUGUGAGCUUGCAUGCAUGUUUGGUUAUUAUGGUAAAGAGUGCAAAGCUACAUGCAAUUGCAGUCAAUUUCAGGAAUGCAACAAUACAUUUGGAUGUGUUUGUAAAGCAGGGUAUACAGGAUAUAAAUGUGAUCAAGGUAUAACCUCUGCGGACAGUACUGUUACAACUAUUAUUGCUACUGACUUUUCAAGUGAAGCUAUCAUUAUUGAGGAAACAGCAGUCAAAAGCAGUGGACCAUCUAAUAAGGAAUGGCUAUUGUAUUCUCUUUGUAUUGCUGGCGUUAUAAUGUUGACUGCAUUAACUCAUCUAUUACGUUAUUACAAAAAGCGAAAAUCAUCUAAAUUAAGACCUUUAUGCAACAAUAAAGAUGUGGUUUUGGAAUCAACCAUAACUUCUCCAUUUACUGGCGUCUAUGAUGAAAUUGACGAAAACGUUUUAACAGAUAACACGGAAGGUUUAUACGUCACAACAUCAUCAAUUUAUAAUGAACCUGUUUACUUUGUUCCACAAGAGAGUACGUCUAUUUCAACAGAUUAUCUUGAUCCUGUUUUUGCAGCUGAAGAAGAAGGAGACAAUUCGAAAGACCAAAUAUAUAAAAAAAGAUAG